ACCAUCAUGUAUUUUGUCCCUAGACUCUUUCCAUUGUCUGUUCGCGAAAUACGGAAGUAUUAAGUGCACCAAAGCAGAGCAUUUUAAAUAGGGGAAAGUUCAAUAGCAUUUGGGUUUCUUCCGGAUUAGUGAAAGUAGUGACGAAAUCACAAGCCCAUCGAUCAUCAAUUUCGAAUACCCGUCUUUUUUUUGUGUUGUUUUUAUACUACUGAAGCUGUAGUAGUCAUGGAGAGAGUGCGAGUUGUUUUGGGGCAUCUAGCUUCUUCACCUAAGGAGACCAGUGUUCAGCCAGUGAUUGAAAUAUCACCGUGCGGAACAUCGAUGGCUAACUCAGAUGACAUUGUUGUGGUUCAUGGGUUGCGCACAGCAAUAGGGAGAGCGAAACGAGGGUCAUUCAAGGAUACGACUCCGGACGAGCUCCUUAGUACUGUGAUGACGGCAGUCUUAAAGGAUGUUGGGUUGUCACCAGACAAAUUAGGAGACAUAUGUGUAGGAAACGUAUUGCAGCCAGGAGCAGGUGCGUUGGUGGCGAGGAUAGCCCAGUUUCUGAGCGGGAUCCCUGAGACUGUGUCAGUCUACACUGUAAAUAGACAGUGUUCAUCUGGGCUUCAGGCUUUAUUCAACAUUGCUGGAGGAAUUCGAAAUGGAUCCUACGACUUGGGGCUUGCAUGUGGCAUGGAGAGUAUGUCACUGCGUUCUGUUGGUAACCCUGGAGAUGUUAGCUCAAGGCUCAUGGACAAUGAGAAGGCUCGUGACUGCAUCAUCCCUAUGGGAAUUACCUCGGAGAAUGUAGCAGAACGGUUUGGCAUCACUAGAGAGAAACAAGAUGCCUUUGCUUUCAGCUCUCAGCAAAAGGCAGCGGCAGCACAAAAGCAGGGCUUGUUUGAUCCAGAGAUUGCCCCAGUCGCCACCAAGUUUGUGGACGACAGCGGAUCAGAGCGCACCGUCACCGUCACCAAGGACGACGGCAUUCGGCCGGGCACCACGCUGGAGGGCCUGGCCAAACUCAGAGCCGCAUUCAAACCAGAUGGGAGCACCACCGCCGGCAAUGCCAGUCAGAUGAGUGACGGGGCAGCUGCAGUACUCGUGGGACGACGCUCCGCUGUGGAGGCCCUGGGUCUGCCUGUGUUGGGGGUCCUUAGAGCCAGUGCCGUGGUGGGGGUACCCCCAGAUGUGAUGGGCAUUGGACCUGCCUAUGCCAUUCCGGCUGCCUUGGAACAAGCAGGUUUGACGGUGGAUGAUAUUGAUGUGUAUGAGAUCAAUGAAGCAUUCGCAAGUCAGGCGGUGUAUUGCGUGGAGAAGCUGGGCAUUCCCAUGGAGAGGGUGAACCCUAAUGGAGGAGCCAUUGCUCUGGGGCAUCCUCUAGGCUGCACGGGAGCCCGUCAGGUGGUCACCCUUCUUAACGAGCUCAAGCGCAGGGGACGCAGGGGCUACGGUGUGGUUUCCAUGUGCAUCGGCACAGGGAUGGGCGCAGCCGCAGUCUUUGAGUAUCCGGGACCGUGAUGGCUACACCUCCAGGAGCUGGCUGCUUCCGCUAUGGAAAGACUGAGCAAUUGUGAUUUUACAAUCACAGCCCUUAUUUUAUGGCUAAGCCUGCGUUAACACUAGCAUAUAUUUGGAUGUUGCUAUGGAGGUACGUCUUCCAGACAAUGUCAAGUAAAUUUGACAUGAUGCGGUUCACUGUAACACUGAAACGAACCAUGAUUGAUUCUGUAAAUUAAUUUAACAGAUGACGUAAAAACGUCUGAGGAGGCUAAUGAGCGCUUUGGAAUGCAGCAUUCACUUUAAGUGCCUUCACUUGUAAGUAAUUAAUAUCAAAGCUUUACAUGAUUAAACUGGACAAAUAUAGCUUAUUAGAUAUGCUAACGAAUUCAGGGAUGAUGUAUGACUUCACAUGCGUAGACGGAGACUGAAUUGUUAUGGGAAGUGAGUUUGUGUCAUCUGCCUUGGCUGUGAGCAUCUUUCAGGGUCCAGAUGGAAAGGUUUGAGUUUCGUGCAUCUGUCCAGCUCAAGCCCAGCAGUCUUCUAGGAAAAAAAUAGAUUCAUGGCGAGGCAGAGAGAUCACUGGCUCAGCUGCUGUCUUUUAUUGGUCCUCAAAACCUGUAAUGUGUUUUCAGUUAUGUUAAAUAUAAUUGAUCUGGACUGUGUUUGUAAAUUUAUACAAAUCAUGACCACUAAUCAUUAAAGAUAAAUCAAUUUUGAUGUAA